AAUAAUAACUAUCAGAGGUCAGAUAUAAAAUCAGCAAGUUUCAUCGGAAAUAACUAUCAGAGAUCAGAUGUAGAGUCAGCAAGUUUCAUCAAUAAUAACUAUCAGAGGUCAGAUGUAGAGUCAGCAAGUUUCAUCAAUAAUAACUAUCAGAGAUCAGAUGUAGAGUCAGCAAGUUUCAUCAAUAAUAACUAUCAGAGAUCAGAUGUAGAGUCAGCAAGUUUCAUCAAUAAUAACUAUCACGUCAGAUAUAGGGUCAGCAAGUUUCAUCAAUAA